AUGACAUCGUCGAAUACAGAUGGAAAUGAAAAGGAAAAGUCCACAGCUAUAUGCGAUUCAAAUUCUUCCAAGCCAAAUCUCAAAGGAGAUUGGUUAAAUUUUUUCUUGCUACUAUUACUGUACACUAUGCAAGGUUUCCCUUUGGGCCUUACUUCAGCUAUACCAAUAAUUUUGCAAAGCCAGAAUGAUAUAUCCUACCAAGAUCAGGCUUUAUUUAGUUUAGCUGGAUGGCCAUUUAGCUUAAAACUAUUAUGGGCUCCUUUAGUAGAUGCACUCUACAUACAAAGAAUAGGAAGGCGAAAGUCUUGGCUCAUUCCAGUACAAUACUUAAUGGGGACAUGCUUCCUUUAUAUGGCCAAUGACAUUGAUGAUUUAUUACCUAACACGGGAACACCAAAUAUCCCGGUAUUGAUGUGUAUGUUCUUCAUAUCUAACUUCUUAGCCGCCACGCAAGAUAUCGUUGUCGACAGCUGGGCUCUGACAAUGUUAAAAAAAAAUAAUGUGGGUCACGCAUCCACGUGCAAUACUACUGGACAAGCAAUUGGCGUGAUGUUGGGUUCCGUGUUCCCGAUAUUGUUUGCGUCUGAAGACUUCUGCAAUAAAUAUUUAAGGGUUACCCCCAUGACUGGAGGAUUAAUGACCAUGAAAAGUGUACUAUACGUUUGGGGCCUGAUAUUCAUCUGUGUGACAACAUUAAUUGCCAUUUUUAAAAAAGAAAAAGAUUGUAGAUUAGAACUUGACCAUGUGAAACUCAACGUCGUUCAAAACUAUACACUACUAGGCGAUAUUUUAAAGCUACCUAGUAUUCGGAUAUUGGCAAUAGCAUUACUAACAGCAAGGGUUGGAUUUUCUGUGACGGAUACUGUGACGUACUUGGAACUCGUUGAUGCUGGUGUAUCAAAAGACGACAUUACAGUUAUUAACACAGCUAUGUUCGUGGUGAAAAUACUUAUACCAUUAGUAACAGCAAAGUACACUUCCGGACCAAAACCAAUGAGUAUAUACUUAAAAUCGACAGCCAUAAAAUUAAUUUGGAGCUUAGCAUUUAUCUUGUUGGUUUACUUUACUCCAAUGUUGAUAAAUGACGAUGGGGUCAUAAAUAAUCCGAUGUAUUACUAUGCCAUUUUAAUAUUGAUAUUAUUUGUAGACGAGAUCCUAUCUUACAUCAUGUUUGUUGCUGUAUUAGCUUUUUUCUCUCGGAUAAGCGAUCCUCGUUUCGGUGGUACUUACAUAACAUUUUUAAAUACAGUAACAAAUUUGGGAGCUACAUGGACGUCUACAGUGGCACUUGGAGUAAUUGAUUUAUUGACGUUUAAAAAAUGUUCAUUCGAUUCUUAUAAUUCCUGUUCCACAUUAGAUGAUCAAAACGAAUGUGAAACGAUUGGAGGUGAUUGUGUUACAACAGUAGAUGGAUUCUACUUAGGAACACUUUUAAGUGUUACAUUUGGAUUUGCUUGGUAUGGUUUUUUUAAGAAUAUCAUUAAAAAACUUCAAACAAAAGGAUCAUCGCAUUGGAUGGUAAAUAUUAAGCGACCGACCACAGAAAAUAUCCAAAUUUAAUAUACUACCCAUUACUGUUUAUUGUAAAAUUAUGAAAAUUAAUUUAAUUGCCUACUAAAUAGAUAAAUGCUACUAAAAUAAUUAUACUUUGUCAUGUUUUUAUUAAGUAUAAUUAUUUAAUUAAAUUAAAUUUAGUAAAAAUGAAAUCUU